AUGAAAUCCACCCUUGCAAUCGCUACUACCCUCCUGGCUACCCUCGCCAGUCAAGCGGCAGCCAGCUUCCGAAUCGGCUACCAAGGAAGUGACAAUCACGCCCUCCCAGAAAUAGACGAAAGGGGCGACUUGCAAACUAUUGUCUUCCUCAACUUUUAUGGAGACCCCGACCUUGAACUCUGGGAGUACGAGACCCCCGAGGAUUCAGAUGGCAAAGUCUUGAUCCGUAACGAGCAGGAAGGAACAUACAUCCUCUGCAGUGCGUAUUGGAGCGAGUGUUACGCUGCAGAACAGGGGACUUUAUUCCAUCAACCAACUCAGCUCGCGGAGAUCGGUGGUAGAACCUACUACCAAAUUCUAGCAGACGGCAGCGAUGUUGACUCCCCAGAACAGCAAACAUUCGCUCUUCAGGGCGGUAAUACCUUGACACUCGCUUCCCCAGACAUUAGUAAUAGCCAGCAAUUUCUUUCGAUUGAGGAGGUGGAUGAAUAG